AUGAAGACUUUGCUUAAUAAGUUGGAUACGGUUUUUAAGAAAGACCAGGUUGAUGAUGCUUAUGAAGCUUAUGCAAGGUUUAACUGUUUUGAAAAAUUGUGCGAUGUGGGAAUGAACGAUUUCAUUGUUGAAUUUGAACAUCGAUACCACAAAAUGAGUGAACAUAAGAUGGAACUCCCAGAUUCAAUUUUGGCUUUUAAACUUAUCGAUGCAGCAAAAAUUCAAUCUUCAGAAAGACAGCUUGCAUUCACUCUUGCGAGCGAUAUGAAAUACGAUACAAUGAAGUCAGCUCUAAAAAGGAUUUUUCCAAGCAAACCUCUUGGAAAUGAAAAUGAUGAUGAAAAUGCGAAGGCAAUCAACAUAAAGGCAGAGGCAUAUUAUGCAAACAGAAAGUAUUUCGGCCAAAGACAGUUUUUCAAACCUGACAUGAAAAUAAACAGUACAAUCCAAAGAAUAAACUUGGAGAGAUAUCCAGAUGCGCUGUGUGCGACUCAAAAAAUGCACUGGGCUGACAAAUGUCCUCAUAACCCCAGGCACAAAAGCGUACAUGUAGCCGAAGGAAUCGAUGAUCCUCGCCCUUCAAAAUGUCAACCAGAUAGUGAUGAAGAAGUUGUUGAAAAUCCGAUGGAGUUUGUGAAUGCUAUUUUUCUUACCGAAUGUCAAGACAAUGAAAUUUAUGUUACAGAAACAUCUGGUUGUGCUAUUCUCGAUACUGCAUGCACAAAGACUGUCUGUGGUGAGAGCUGGUUCAGUGACUAUGUUGACAAAUUGGAUGACAACUUCAAGAAGUCUGUCAAGAUCCAGAAGGGUGGAACUGGUUUCAAGUUCGGAGAUGGGAGAGAAGUAAUUUCCACCAAGAGUGUUAUGCUUCCAGCUAUCAUUUCAGGUGCGUUAUGCUACAUUAAGGCUGACGUGGUGAAAGAUAAAUUGCCUCUGCUGUUAAGUAAGUCAACACUGAAAAAAGCAGGGACAACAAUUAAUCUUGAAAAUGAUGAAGCAAUUAUGCUGGGAAAGCCUGUUGAGCUCCAGUUUACCACAAAUGGACAUUAUUGUAUUGAUAUACAUCCUUGUCAGGCUUCAAAGAUUCAACAAAGAGACAGAAAAGAUGUGUUCACUUCAUCAAUUUAUACAAAGUCCGAUAAAGAAAUGAGAAAAGAAAUUUUGAAAUUACACAAACAAUUCGGCCAUGCUUCUGAAGAUAAUCUGAUUCGACUAAUUAAGACUGGAAACAAGAGCUUGAGUUCUGACAUAACAUCAAUCAUUCGAGAGGUGACAAAUGAAUGCGAAAUUUGUUUGUUGCAUAAAAGAGCACCUCCUAGACCAGUGGUCGGUUUGCCUCGAUCUAAUGAAGUAAACGAAACUGUGGCUCUUGAUUUGCAUCAGCUUGGACCAAGCCUUUGGUAUUUACAUGUCAUUGAUGAGUUUUCUAGAUAUAGUAACGCUGCAUUGAUUCACUCAAAAUCACCAAAAAUAAUCAUUCAAAAGUUUUUGCAGUUCUGGGUGAGCAUUUUUGGUGCACCACGCAGGGUAAUUUCCGACAACGGUGGAGAAUUUAAUAAUGAGGAAUUUCGUGAUAUGUGCGAAAACUUCAACAUCUCUGUAAAGACAACACCCGCCUAUUCACCAUGGUCAAAUGGUGUGUGUGAGCGUCAUAAUCAAAUACUCACAAAUAUUCUUAUAAAGAUCAAGAAAGAUGUUCAAUGCAACUGGGAGACAGCACUUGCUUGGUCAGUUUGUGCAAAGAAUUCACUGGUUAACAACAGUGGAUUCAGUCCAACCCAGAUUAUGUUUGGAAGAAAUAUAAACCUGCCAUCUGUGAUGAAAGAUGAUCUACCUGCCCUGGAAGGAAAAACAAUCAGUGAAAAAGUUGGUGAACAUAUCAACACAUUGCAUGCCUCAAGAAAAGCAUUCAUCGAGGCAGAAUCGUCACAAAGAAUAAGAAGGGCAUUGCGAAGCAACACACGACCAUAUAGUGGCAAUUUUGAAAUUGGGGAAGAUGUCUACUAUAAAAGGAAUGACAGCAAUGAAUGGAAGGGACCAGGACGAGUUUUAGGAAAAGAUGGUGUGUUGGUAUUCUUGCGGCAUGGUGGACAACUCAUAAGGGCACAUACAAGCAGAGUCCAGAAAUUGAAGCAGAACAACAACUCGCUCAAUCAUGUCUCCCGUCAAAUUGACGAACAACAGAGCGAGAUUUCAAAUGAUACUGAUUAUGAAAAAACUGAAAUUUCACAAGUUGAGGAAACAGCUUUGCCUGAAACACUGCAAGAAAGGCAUCCGGAUUCAUCUGAAGAACAAGCUCAUAUUCCUUGCCAGAGUUGUAAUGAAGAACCAAGCUAUGAUCAGGUCCACAACAUGGUUCUCAAGAAGAAUCAAAUGGUUACAUUUAAAAAUGAUGGAAUUUUGUGUGAAGCAGAAAUCUUAAACAGGGCAGGAAAGGCAACUGGCAAAUAUCGGAAUUGUUUUAAUGUUGAAUAUAAAUCACCUUCACAUCUUUCUGGUGUGAAGCACUGUGUUGAUUUUGAUCAGGUUCAAGAACUGCAAGUGAUACCACCUCAACAAGAAUCCAUGGUUCUAAAUAAUGUCAGAAAAGAAAGUCAUGUAUUCGUCACGGAAGAUAUUGAUUUUGAUGAAGCUAAAGCAAAAGAACUGCAAAGCUGGCAAGAAAAUGAUGUGUUUGAUGAGUGUGCAAAUGAAGGCCAAAAAUGCAUAUCUGUGAAGUGGGAUCCUGACAUUGAUAAUGUGGAGAAAGAUUCACCCACUUGCAGCAAAGAUGCUUUGCGUACUGUGAUUGCCAUCACAGCUCAAAAAGGUUGGAGAUUGCAGAGCAUAGAUAUAAAAACUGCCUUUCUGCAAGGAGAGAAACUGCAGCGGAAUGUAUACCUCAUUCCUCCUAGAGAAGCUAAAUGUAUGCCAGGAAAAAUUUGGAGACUCAAAAAGUGUGUCUACGGCCUUACAGAUGCUUCCCUGCAGUGGUAUGGUAGGGUAAAGCGUUUUAUGUUGGAAAACAAAGGGAAAAUGACAAAGAAUGAUCCUGCAGUGUUCUGCUGGCAUGAAGCAAAAUCAUUGCAGGGAAUAAUUGCAGUUCAUGUUGACGACUUUCUAUGGGCCGGAACAGUAAAAUUUCAACAGAGUGUGCUACCCAAGCUGCGCGAGACAUUCAAAAUUGGGAAUGAAGAAUCUAAAAGCUUCAAGUAUAUUGGAAUUGAGAUUGACCAUGACAAAAAUGAAGUUUUGCUCAAUCAAACCGAAUAUAUUUCAAAUUUGACUCCGAUAAAGAUACAUUCUGGGCGAAAUAGUGAUGAUUCAGUUACAAUCAAAGAGCGAGAUGAAUUGAGAUCAAAAAUUGGACAAUUUUUAUGGGUCAGUGGCCAAACAAGACCGGACAUUGCAUAUGAUGUAUGUAUUCUGGCAACCAAUUUCAAAAAUGCGACUGUGAGAGAUUUGUUUCUUGCAAACAAAGUCUUGCGCAAAUUGAAGUCAAACCCAUUCAGCUUGAAAUUUCAAAAUCUAGGACCGAAUGAAAAUCUAAAUCUUGUCUGUUACACUGAUGCAUCAUUUGCAAGUCUGAAUGAUGGAGGCAGCCAAUCUGGAAGUCUUGUAUUUCUGGUAGGAGAAAGUGGAUACUGCAAUUUACUAAGCUGGGAAUCAAAACGCAUCCGUCGAGUUGUCAAGAGCUCUUUAGCAGCUGAAACUUUGGCAUUAUCAAAUGGCAUUGACACAGCAGCGUUUGUGGCUUCAUUGUUUGCUGAAAUUUGGAAUGGUGACAUCAAUGAUGAAAAGCUACCUAUCGAAUUGGUGAUUGACAAUCUUUCUUUAUACGAGGCGAUUAAAUCAAAUAAACAGGUUCAAGAUAAGAGACUACGAGUGGAUAUUGCAAUUGUGAAAGAAAUGAUCAAAAACAAGGAGGUUUCAAAUGUUUACUGGGUUGAAGGAAAACUACAGCUGGCAGAUACCCUAACAAAGAGUGGAGUAUCAUCAUCAAAACUUGUGGACAUUUUAUGUAAUGGUCAAUUUUAA